GUGUGGGUCUGUUGUGUCUGUGAUCGCUGUGGUGUCGAAGCGUCUGUGAAUGUGUGUCACUGCAGAAACAUGGGGGAAGCAGAGACUGUGCCAUCCGACGACAAACAAGCAGAAACCGGCUUCUGUAGCGCCGACGAAUCGAUUGUGUGGAGUCAAGAAGUAGAAGUGUGUCUUUUCCACGCAAUGCUGGGUCAUAAACCCGUAGGAGUGAAUCGUCAUUUCCACAUGAUCUGUAUUCGCGAUAAGUUCAGUCAGAACAUCGGCAGGCAGGUGUCCUCUAAAGUCAUCUGGGAUCACCUGAGCACCAUGUACGACAUGCAGGCGCUGCACGAAUCAGAAAUACUCCCGUUUCCAAACUCGGAGAAGAGCUUUGUGCUGCCUGAAGAGAUCAUACAGGACGUCAAGGAAGGUAAAGUGGGAUCUGAAGACGAAGUGAAGGAGGAGUUCAAAGAAGAGCGUGACCCACCCGCGACCCAUGAAGAAGGUCUGGGUCCCAGUAUGGCUGGCCAGGAUUUUGCGAGCAAUUCCUCGGUGAAGAUGUCAGAGAGGUCGGGCAGCGGGCGCGAGAAAGAGAGAGAGCGGGCAGAGAGGGGGGGCUCAGGUGAGACUGGCAGCGGGUCGAAAGAAUCAGCCGGGGAAAAGAGGAAGAGGAGCCGAGCCGUGGAGAAGGUGAUGAACUCCAGCAACCCCUCCAGCCCCGGAGGAGCCAAGCGCCGCAGGACGUAACCGCAGCUUGCAGCAGGACGACUUGGGACAUCAGACAUUUGAAAAGAACUGACAGAGAAGGGUGUAGCUAAUAUUGGUCCCGCUAGAGCCAAUGUGAAAGUGAAAUGACAUGGCGAGCCGGGGAUGUGUGAUGUUCGUGUGCGUUAUCUGCAGUCCACAGGUUCACUGCGAGAGGCGUUCUGAGCUGUUCACUGACAGAUGGAGGAAAUCUAGACGAAGGAAAGUCUUUGGUGGUUGUGUAGGAUCUGACUAGACUGAUGGGGAAAGUGUGAUAAACAAAUCAGCUUUCCUCUGCUGAGUUUGGACACAAAACAGCAACUUUUUAAAAAGAUUUGUGGGAAUUUUAAGUGGUAGCUUUAUUUUAUUUUCGUCAGAGCAGACGUUCUUGAGACGGACCAGAGAAUCAACUAGUCUGUUGUGUGAUUUAUUAGAAAUUACACUGCAAAUAAGUUGAGCUAGAUGUGUUAUUAACUGUAUGAAAUAACUUGAUUCUAUUAGCCAAUUAGACGGUCAUUGAUCAAAUGCUUAGGAAAUAGUGAUUGAUAUUUGCACUGUUUCUGAGUCAUGUUUGAUUGAAAUAUUUGACCGAAUGUGUGUUAAACAUAUCAGGAGUAUGUCCCUGAUUAAAAAAAUGGUAUCGAA